GCUGACUGAUCUCACCAACAGGGGCUUCUGUGUAAACUGAGGCUAAACAAAUACAGAUGGAUCUCCGAGCGCAUUCACUAAAAAUGCUGGCAAUGCGGCAGGGACUUCAGAUGACACUCUGAAUCCACAGGAGUCACACGCAUGUAUGCACUCUGCAGAAGAUUCGCGCAUUUAAAAGCGUUACUAUUACAGGGCGCGUAGCUUCCACAGUUGAACCUUGUAGGUAUUUUUUGCCUCAAAUUGCAGGAUUGUUAUUCUUGUUAGAUCCCCUGUACCUAUUUUUUUUUUCUUUUUUGAGGUGGGAAAAUGAAGAACCCACAACUUCUAGGUGAGGGCAACUGGAAGAGUCUUUAUGGGAAGGAAAUACAUGGGAUGAAAAAAUUUAAACGGAAAAGCAGGGAUGCAGUGAAGCAUAUUAAUGGAAUUAAAAGUUUCAAACAGGACCCCAAGAUGAGUGAGCACUUGUUAGGUGACUUGACUGGGAGAAACUCUAAUGAGGAAUCGCUGCAGGAGAGAGCUACUGGAGCUUCCAAAUGUUUGGAUCACGUCGUUCACCUAAGAAGAAACUCGAACACAGCUAUUGACAUGAGGACUACAGCACUGCCUGUAUUAACAGGGCAGCACGCUCCGCCACAGUCACCGGCUCCUAUAGGUAAAGACACAUUUGGUACAAGAUCAACGCCGGUCACCGGCUAUGACCAUCAGCAGUCAUUUUCCCAAGAACAGGCACUUCAGUCAAGAAUACUUUUGUGUCAGCAUCCCUCUGAAAGCUCCUACACCUCAGUCUCACAGUCACCGUACAGAAAUAAUAAUAGCGACCCCACUGCAUCGCCUAGGAAACGGUUGGGUGAAACUUCUGGCGUCGUCACCGAGAUCAAAGCCAUUCAGCAGACAAGGAGGCUGCUAGCAAAUGCCAGGGAAAGGACCCGAGUGCAUACCAUCAGUGCCGCUUUUGAGGCGCUGAGGAAGCAGGUGCCCUGCUAUUCCUAUGGACAGAAGUUGUCUAAACUGGCCAUACUGAGAAUUGCUUGCAAUUAUAUUCUUUCUUUGGCCCAGCUGGCUGACCUAGAUUACACCUCCGAUCACAGCAACAUGAGCUUUUCUGAAUGUGUGGAGCAGUGCACUCGGACGCUGCAGGCUGAGGGCAGGUCAAAGAAAAGAAAGGAAUAGCACGAAGGAAGAGCUCAAGUCUUCAGAACACCAGACAGCAUGUUGAGUCCCAGCCACCCAGGCAAACAUCUGUUUAUGAAUAACUACGAAAGACUUCAUUUUGAAUUUACACAAGACAUCAACGUGCAUGGACAUUCACAGACUGAAAGGCUGCUCACUGUGAUAAACACAGUCAGAAUGGCUUCGGAAAGACAGCUCUUUUGGCAAAUCUGAGGUGUCUAGAAUGUGCAAUUUCUAAAGCACUUAUAUAUGUAUUUUUUCUUUUUCUGCUUGGCUCAAGAAAACAUUACCUAACUACUUCUGGCGGUCCUGUCAAAGAUAUUUUUAUUACUUAUGGCAGUCAUUGAUCCAUGUUCUGUUUCAUCAAACAAUGCAAUAUUUUUAUUAUAUAAAAUAUAUAAAGGAAAUAUUAUUUUUAGAAACAGAGCACGUUUACAGCUUAAAAACAUUAAAACUUUUCUUGCAAUGAAUGAACAGUAUCUUAGCUAUCUUGUCUGCUUCUAAACUUUUAGAUUUAUGUUAUUUAUUUGUAGGUGGUCAAGAUUGAAAUUCUUUCCUUUUUUUCAGUGUACACUAUACAAACCAAUAAAAAAAUUGUCAAACUG